AUGAUACCUCCUCACGUCACCCAAUCUAUUGCCCAUUCAGUACUUUUACUCGCUCCUCUCAAGUGUCAUAUGGCCUGCCUACUUCAGUUGUCAGCGCAGGCUACUGAGACCAAGCCCACUCUUUCAAACUGUAUCCCUUUUCCCAUCUGCCGUCUGCUGGCAUCUCGUUCACCGGCGUCUAACUCCAUUCACAUAUUCACGCUUCUUUUUCAGCAUUCUGCCUCAACGAUUCGUCCAUUGAAGGUCCUCACCUUUGUUUCUUCGGCUACUCGAAGAUCCCAGUUACAACGCGGCUACCUGCACCAGAAGAAAGAAUCUCUUCACCUGCGUCAUUGCAAAGCCGAUUGGAUCUAUGCGUUUAGGAAGACCGUAUUCGGCCAGCCACCAGACUACAACAAAGUGCCCUAA